UCCUCGUCCGUCCGUCCUCCGUCCGUGCUCACGGCCCCAUGGCCCCCAAAAAGCCAGAGCCCAAGAAGGAAGAGGCCAAGGCGGCCCCCAAGGCCGCGGCUCCGGCCGCCGCCCCGGCUCCCGCGGCCCCGCAGCCCGAGCCCCCCAAGGAGAACGAGUUUGAUGCCUCCAAGGUCAAGAUCGAGUUCACCCCAGAGCAGAUUGAAGAGUUCAAGGAGGCCUUCAUGCUGUUCGACCGCACGCCGAAGUGCGAGAUGAAGAUCACGUACGGCCAGUGCGGGGACGUGCUGCGGGCGCUGGGCCAGAACCCCACGCAGGCCGAGGUGCUCCGUGUGCUGGGGAAGCCCAAGCAGGAAGACCUGAGCACCAAGAUGAUGGACUUCGACACGUUCCUGCCCAUGCUGCAGCACAUCGCUACCAACAAGGACACGGGCACCUACGAGGACUUCGUGGAGGGGCUGCGUGUCUUCGACAAGGAGGGCAACGGCACCGUCAUGGGCGCCGAGCUGCGGCACGUGCUGGCCACGCUGGGCGAGCGGCUGACCGAGGACGAGGUGGAGAAGCUGAUGGCCGGGCAGGAGGACUCCAACGGCUGCAUCAACUACGAAGCGUUCGUGAAGCACAUCAUGGCCAGCUGAGCCUGCCCAGCUGAGCCUGCCAGGGAGCCCGGGGCCCUGCUGGGACGGCACGUGAUGCUGGCAUCGGCAGGAGCUGCCGGAAGGAGGGCCCAUGGAGGCCGCACCAGCUCUGCAGCACCCCGGACCCCUCCGUCUGCCCAGCCGCACGCACCUGUCUGUCCCCACGCCCUAGGGCCUGAAUAAAUGCCUUCGUCCUCCUUC